AUGAUAUCCAUAAUUUGUUUUGUUAUUAGUAUUAUCGUGUUAAUUUUAUUCAUAGAUACUAUUAGACCAAACAAAUUUCCACCAGGUCCUAAAUGGCUCCCAAUUUGUGGCAAUUUCACUCAGUACAAAAAGAAGUUAAAAUUGCUUGGUUAUCAUCAUCUGGUUUGGCAGGAAUUAUCGGAAGUUUACGGUGAUAUAGUAGGUCUUAAAAUGGGAAGAAAUUUGGUGGUAACAGUUUUUGGAGCAGAAGGUGUAAAAGAAGUACUGACAAGAGAAGAUUUCGAUGGCAGGCCUGAUGGCUACUUCUUCAGGCUACGAACAUUUGGAAAACGAUUAGGGAUCGUAUUUUCUGAUGGCCAAUUUUGGCAAAAACAACGCAAAUUCUCUAUUCAGCAUCUGAAAAAAUUUGGUCUGGGAAGAAAAGAGAUGGAGGAGCAGAUUCAGGAAGAGACCAGAGACUUGAUUCGUGUGAUACGCUCCGAACUGAAGAAGGAGAAUGAAAUAUACAUGAACACCCUGUUCGACACAUCCGUACUCAACGUCCUCUGGGCCAUGAUGGCUGGCGAAAGGUUUCAACUGGACGAUGAGAGACUGAAGAAACUGUUGGAGAUUAUGCAUGACGCUUUUAGAAUUACCGACAUAUCGGGUGGCAUGUUGAAUCAACUACCGCUCCUCAGAUUCAUCGCGCCCAAUGCAACCGGCUACAAUAAAUUAAUGGAAAUCCUUACGAGGAUGUGGGAAUUUUUAGAAGGUGCAAUAGCGGAACAUAGAAGGACCGUUUGUUCGUCUCAUGCGAGAGAUUUGAUCGAUGCGUUUCUUCAGAAAAUGGACGUUAAAAACGAUCCCAGUUUUACAGAUGAUCAACUGAUGUCGCUGCUUCUCGAUUUAUUUAUGGCUGGAUCAGAAACGACGAGCAACACUUUGGGAUUUGCAAUGUUGUACAUGAUCGUUUAUCCUGAAGUACAAGCAAAAGUUCAAGCAGAACUGGACGAGUUUGUUGGCAGAAACAGGUGGCCUACAUUUGCUGACAGGAGCAGAUUAAAAUAUACUGAAGCUGUAUUAAUGGAAAUUCAACGUCGAACCAAUGUGCCUCCAUUAGGUAUAGCACAUAGAGCGAUAAGAGAUACGUUCUUAUUGGGAUAUAAAAUUCCUGAAGAUACAAUUGUCUUAACAAGCUUGUACAGCCUUCAUAUGGAUCCGCAUUUUUGGAAAGAUCCUUUGGCUUUUAGACCUGAAAGAUUUUUGAAUCAAGGCCAGAUUGUUGCAGACGAAAAGUAUUUUGCUCCAUUUGGUUAUGGAAAACGUCGAUGUCUCGGGGAGUCUUUAGCUAAAACAAACUACUUUUUGUUUUUUACGUCUAUACUACACAAUUUUAAGAUCGAAGCUUCGGAACAUGAACCGGAACCAUCACUGGAACCACUUGAUGGAGUCACUUUGUCUCCAAAACCGUACAGAGCUAGACUCAUACCGCGUUUGGAGUAAUUUAAAUAAUAAUUUAAAUUUAAAAACCAACAACAACUUGAACUGGAUUAAAGUUUUUAAGACAUUUAUAAAUGCCUUUAAACUUUUUUAAUGAUAUUAAUCAGCUGCUUAUUAAUAGGGCCGAAUUUCACAUUUAAAAAAUAUGUUAAAUUUAAUCAUUUUGGGUUUUUUUGAGUAUCAUAUUUUGUUAAGUCACUCCUGUACAUCUGCCAUUAAAUCUGUUUAAAUUUGUUAAUUUCCAUAUAAGUAUAAUUGACUGACUUUAUAAUUACUUUUAUUAACUUUAUAAAAAUAUAAUUUAUACUAAUCAUAAGGAGAGAUAUUAGUAAGAAGUAAAAGCUUUCUUUUCAAUUUCUCUGUACUAACAUAGUGAGUAAA